AACUGUCGAACCAUUCAUAAACAAAUCAAAAUUUUGCCCAUUUCCUGUGUCUCUUCUAUUUGGGUAAAUUUUUGUUCGCUCAAAGCUACCAAGGAAAUGUUUUCUCGAUUCCGGAGCUGGUUUGCGAAGCAGCGGAACAGGUGCAACAAUUGCACCCGGUGCCAUUAUGCACCAGCACGGUCGGAAUGCACAGGAUCGGCCGAAUUUGCUGAUGCAGAAAACUGGACUCCCGGAGCACGUCAACACAGCCUACCCAGACCGCUGUUUAGCAGCUUCUGGUCCAAGCGAAACAUUAACGAAGCAGUGGAGCAAGCAUUUUUGAAACAGUUCCUCAAGGAGCAUGGACUGUACAAUAAGCAUCAAACCAUUGAGCAGCGUCGACGGUUGAAGCAACUGCUCGAACUAGAGCAGCGCACGUUACUGUUGCACAGCGAGCAGUACAAUGCACGGCCGGAUGAUGAUGAGGUUAUGUCCGGGGUGCACUCACUGCAGCUAACCACGCAAAGCAACACCACCAGUCGGACCUGUACGGUUGAGUUUCAUUCGAUGCCAUUCCCCAGCCCCGAUCCGACAUCUGACACUGUUCUGAGCUCCGUUGGGUCACGCCGAGUCUCCUCCUUGCCGACGCUUGGACUCGGUGCGAUGGAUCUUCCGCCGGAUGAAGUCACAGCAGCUUCGCAUCCAACCGUCGCGCAGGAAGUGCAGGCAACGGAACGAUGGGAACGAAUUCUCGUGUGGAAAAUGGUCGUCCAGGGCGAUGUUCCGCCAUACUUAGAGACGGAGGUUUAAGCGACAGGGAGCCGGUUCGGAUUGGAAAUGGAAUGAAAACACCUCGAUUUAAGUGAAACAUUGUUGCGGCUUUGCAAACGUAUCAGUAUGGGCGUUAAACUACUGUGAAACAAUAAUCAAAAUCAUGUACUGAACAGAAAAUCGCAUCUCCCAUCCAUUCAUUCUUACAUCAUAUGCAUACGGAGAAAGGGAAGUUCAAUGUUCAUUAUCAAAUGCCCUCUCCCGUAGCUAGCGGCGAUAAAGUAUUAUUAAACGGCUCGCCUACAAAGACAAACCUGAUAGCAAUUAUCUUUCCAAGUGAAAACAUAAACCUGCCCCAGAGCCUCGAUGCCCCUCGAUGCCCCAACUUGUGGCAUGGUAAUGGUAAGCGGAGUGCGCGAUCUCUAUUAUUUACAGCAACGUUGUAGCUACAUUUACCGCUUCCCCCUAGGUCGGUUACGAGACAUGGCAAACCAAGAACCUCUCGGGGCCAGUUCACACCAGCA